AUGCGUGGAUACGCCUACGAGAAAAAGAUCAAACCAUCAGGUCAUCGUACUGACCGAGACGGGAUGAGCAACAGCAUUGCUAAACUGGAUAAGGGCAUGACAAAUGGUAUAUUCGAACUAACCAGAAACCUUGUUGCAGAUUGUCGAAUCUAUAAAAUUGAAGCUUAUCUCAGUUUGCUCGAUACUCCGUUCUACCUCAUGGAAUACACGAAAGGUCGAAUAUUCAUGGAUCCUGCAUUAUCUGAACAAAAUCCAAGUGAACGAAAAGAAAUUUAUACCGAGGCUAUUCGAACACUUAGUACAAUCCACUCCGUGAACCACGAAAAAGUUGGGCUAGCUGAUUACGGCAAAAAAGAGGGCUAUAUGAAGAGGAACCUCCAGCGCUGGGCGAAGAACUAUGAGAUGGCAAAGACUGACGACAUCCCGGAAAUGCACCAACUACACGACUACCUUCUCCAGAAUAUUCCUGAAGAGAACAACGACGUUGCGAUAGUGCAUGGCGAUUUUCGGCGAGUUUUUAUUGAGGCGCUUAGAAGGAGCUUGGACAAUCUCAUAUUCCAUCCAACUCAGUGUCGUGUGAUCGCUGUAUUAGACUGGGAGACAUCUACAAUUGGAGACCCAUACGCGGAUUUGGCUACAUUUCUUUUUCCCCAUUAUAGUACCAUCAAAAGCAAGGUGUUACCUGGCAUGGGACAUCAUACUGAACAAGACUUCCAUCGACUUGGGAUACCAACCGUUCAGGAAGUUCUUGAGCUGUAUGCCCGCACCAGACAAGUGGAACCGAUUGAUCCGAAAAAAUGGGUCUUCUACGGCUCCAUUGUACGAGAUGGUGACGAGUACAUCAUAAAUGCUAGAAAAUGGUUCACAUCAAAUGCUGCUCACACUGACUGCCAAAUUUGCAUCUUCAUGGGGCGAGUAAUUGGCAAAACAACAAAUCGACUCUCUCAGCAUUCAAUGGUACUUGUUCCCAUGAAGUGCCCAGGUGUUAAGAUUGUUAGGAAUCUUCACGUGUUCGGCGCUGACGAUGCUCCGUCUGGUCACUGCGAAGUGCUCUUCACGAAUGUCCGCGUUCCCGUUGGAAACAUGAUUCUGGGUGAAGGCAGAGGAUUUGAGAUCGCUCAAGGGCGAUUAGGGCCUGGUCGAAUCCAUCAUGCCAUGAGACUAAUAGGUCAUGCCGAACGAGCUAUUGACAUCAUGAAAGAACGAACUUCCUACCGAAAAGCUUUUGGAAGACGGCUGCGCGAAUUCGAUUCGGUCCGGAAAGAAAUAGCUCUGUCACGAUGCGACGUUGAACAAGCACGAUUACUUGUUCUCAAAGCUGCACACAUGAUUGAUACAAUAGGGCCGAAGGGAGCACAAUCCGAAAUUGCAAUGAUCAAGGUAGUCGCUCCUAAUAUGGCGCAACGAGUUGUAGAUCGAGCUAUCCAGAUGCUCGGAGGAAGCGGACUCACCGUGGACACGCCCCUUUCCUUCUUCUUCACAGCCGCCCGUUCGCUAAGACUAGCCGACGGGCCAGAUGAGGUUCAUCUCGAGACGAUAGCAAAAAACGAAUUCAGAAGUCGACUUUGA